CACUUGACGGUGGGCCAAGGUAGACAAAUUCGAGUGGUCGAGCUUUACUGAGUGUCGAGGAGAAGUCGUUGCACCUGCGUAGUAUUGUAUUGAAGCAUUUGAACUGAGACAUUCCGAGAUCAGCUUGCUUCUACAAAAAUGGGUCUUAAAUUGUCAACUCAUUCCUCCGGACAUGCCGGAAAAGGAUAUCCAACCCACAGGCCAAGAACACUUGACCAUGACGACGAUAACAGAAGAUAAUGUCUCCCGACCAAAGGAACUGAAGCGCGUUUUGAAUGACGUCAAGAAGAGAGGCAUCAAAUGGAUCCGGGUGGAAAUCACCGAUAUCAAUGGUAUGGCGUGUUGUAAGAUGGUAGCCGUCCAUUCUUUGAAGGAACUGGGGUCGAAACUAGAGAGGGGAUUUUCCUUCCCUCCUGCAUGCAUUAUACUUGGCCAUUCAGGGAUUUUUUAUGAGUCGGCUUUCAAGGUUAAAUAUAUGUUCUCGGAUGUAUGUGCGCUUCCAGAUCUUGGUUCCUUUAGGAUGAUUCCCUGGCUUGAGGAUACAGCGACGUUCUCAACGGUACUCUAUCAUAUAAAUAGGAAAGACCUCGUGGUAGAGCAUCCCAGGAAUGAGGCGAUCCAACAACUCCAACGAUUGAAGAGUUUGGGACUCUCAUUGAUGAGCGCCUGCGAAUUGGAGUUUCGACUCUGUGACACUCAAGGACAAGAUCUGUUUGAGGAAGGUACACGAAUCUACUGCAGCACAAAGAUAUUGAUAAAGGCCAAUGACUACAUCAAGAAGCUGUUCGAAUGUUUGAAACAGGCUGGAGUCCCUGUUGAUGGAAUUCACGCUGAGCACCUUCCUGGGUCUCUUGAACUAAUCAUGAAGCCUUCAUUUGGAAUAAAAACCGCUGAUGACGUCGUCAUGUGCAAGAAUGCAUGUAAAGAGAUCGCCCUCUGCAACGGUUAUAUUGCGCAAUUUAUACCAAACCCCAGCGGUACAGGGAAUGGAUGUACAAUCCACUUCAACCAUUCCAUUUGGGACAAGUCUGGCAACGUGGUGUCCAACGUGGCAACGGGUGAUCUAACUGACGUGGGUAAGCAUUGGAUUGCUGGUCUCCUUGCCCAUUCCCGAGGGCUGACUCCGCUCCUGGCUCCAACCGUCAGCGGAAUCAAGAUGUUUGCUGAUUAUGACAACCCUGACAGGUGUGAACCGUCAUACGUUAGCUGGGGCAGGCAUAACCGAUCGGUUACUUUCCGCGUCAAGAACGCUGAUGGACCAAAUGGAUCCUAUGUAGAGAACCGGAUUGGAAGAAUUGAUGCGGAUCCGUAUAUCAUGCUUGCCGGUACCAUAGCUGCGGGACUCGAUGGCAUUAUGAACAAGCUACCUCUACCAGAGGAAUGCAAGGGAAACGCUCAUAAGGACAUGCCAAACAAUGCAACCAAAAUUCCCUGUGAUAUAGGAAUCGCUGCUUUGGUCCAAGAUAAAGCCCUAUGUGACGCCCUCGGGCAGGAAUUCAUUGAUCUUAUAGUUGCUGUAAGGAGGCAUGAAAUUGAAUGUUGCAACGAAAAGGAGACCUGAAACAACUCUGAAUAUAUACCAUAGUAGGCCAUUAUCAUAGCAAAAAUCAUUUCAAGAGGGAAAUCUUUCUAUACAUUUUAUUUUCUACCACACUACAGAAAUUCAGAAGUGUAAUUAGCACCAGAAUUAGACCAUAAAAUAAGUUCUUCGUAUUUAUUUUUUGUUUCACUCGCUCGCGGAAUUUACAGCUUAUUGUGUACAUUUAAUAAUCAUAAAUUCCUUUCAAAAUGUUUUGCUCAACUUAUAUUACCACAUAAUGCACAGCUACUUCAGGCAGUUCAUCUGUUGUGAAAAAUGGUUGUACCUUAUUCUCUCUUUGACAUAUAAGUACAUGAAGGCCUAUCCAUUUGGAGGCUCAACGCCUCCCCCCCCCCCCUUCUGAAAAAUCUGACCCUGGUCGGAAAUCAACAAGCUACAGUUCUCAUUUAAUUUGAACGCUUAUGCGUCCUGUCAUUUAGAGUGGGGUAAAUAUUAUGCUGUAUUUCUUUAAUUUAA